AUGGUUGCUGUGCUUGCGGCGCACUUGGUUAAGUAUGAAACUCUAAUGUUUCCUUCCCAACUGGGCUUGCUUUCUGGUGAGGCUUGCUUACUCGGUUGGGCUUCCUCCGGGAAUCACAGAUGGGCAUUUGCUCCCAAGAGUAAUUCUCCUAAAUAUUUCCCCAAAUCUGUAAUAUGCCCAUUUCUCGCUUCAUUUUCCUUUCCGCCAAGCACCGCUCCGUCCGUCCUCCUACUCUUCUCCCAAGGCACGGAAUACAAUACUGGUAGUUCUGAUACUGCAGCAGCUCCAAUUAUCGGUGGCCCAUUCACUUUGGUAAAUACAGAAAAACGGGUCGUUAAAGAACGGGAGUUUCUUGGAAAUUGGGUUAGCCUGUACUUUGGCUAUACAUCAUCUCCUGAUAUUGGACCUGAUCAAGUCCAAAUUAUGGUGAAGGCUAUAGAUACAUUAGAGUCAAAAGAGAAUCUGAAGGUUUUACUUAUAUUUGUGACAAUUGAUCCUCAGCGUGAUGGUCCUGCACAACUCCGUGCUUACCUCAACGAGUUUGAUCCAAGAAUAGUGGGAUUGACAGGACCUGUUAGUGCUGUAAGGCAAAUGGUACUAGAAUACCGUGUUUACUUCAAAAAGGUUGAAGAAGAAGGUGAUGAUUAUCUUGUUGAGUCUUCUCACAACAUGUAUUUGAUAGACCCAAAAAUGAAGGUUGUAAGAUGCUUUGGAGUAGAGUAUAAUUCUGAGCAACUGUCGAAGGAAAUAUCGGAAGAAAUGAAGAAACAUCAAGUUAAAGCCGAGUAGAAAGGCUAUGCUGGUUGCUUUGGUGUACCUGAGCAAUGUUUAAUCUCACACUUGGGAUAGCAUAGAAACUAUUGAAACCAACCCCUAUCUUUCCUUUCUUCGAGGUCCAUUUUUCUCCAAUAUAGUUUGAUUUCUCAUAGG